GGUACGCUAGUAGAAUUGGGUUGAGUAUGUCAAACAUAUAAUGAUGGUUGUGAUCUUCCUGCUUUAAUAACUGUACAACUUUGGCUGCCAAUUCAUUAUAAUUAAAUAAACAAAAAGAUCCUGCAAGCCAAAAAGGUUAAGCCACACCGAAUGAACUGAUGUUCAUGUUCUUUCUUUCUUUCUUUGAGCUUGGCUCUCCCAAUGAAAAUUAUUGCAGGUCUCUCUCUCUCAUUGGUUUACUUGUGCAAGUCGCUUUCACUUUUACCUCUGCCUAGAUAUAUGGCUGCUGCCUUAGUGGGAGGCUCAUUCCUCUCCGCUUUCCUUCAAGUGCUAUUUGAUAGGAUGACUGCACCGGAAUUCCUAAAUUUGUUUAGUAAUCAGAAGGCCGAUGAUGAUCUCCUCAAGAAUCUCGAGAGUAAGUUAAGCACUGUUGGAGCCGUGCUCGAUGAUGCAGAGAACAAGGAAAUAUGGAACCAAUAUGUCAAGAAAUGGCUUGAAGAGCUUCAUGAUACAUUUUAUCAAGCAGAGGAUUUACUGGACAGAAUGAACACUGAAGCCCUGCGAAUUAAGGUAGAAACUGAGUAUGAAAGCUCAACCAGCACUUGUACAAGCUCCUUGAGAAGAUUAUGCUUUGAAAGGAUUCUGCCUUGUACAUCUUCGGGUGAUAAGUUUCUUAGGAGGAUCAUGCCUGAGAUGGAAACAAUAGUGAUGAGGCUGGAGGGAUACAUACAGCAAAUUACUCCCUUGGGUUUGCAGGUUGGUCAUUCCAAAAGACAGUCACAUCAACAAUUUGAAACACCUUUGGUUAAUGAGACUACUAUUUUUGGGAGAGAUGCUGAUAAAGAGAAGAUAAUUCAAAUGUUGCUCUCCGAGGAUGCAGACAGAGAAAAUAUCAUUGUGGUUCCAAUAGUUGGACUGGGUGGGCUCGGUAAGACCACCUUGGCUCGAAUGAUUUACAAAGAUUCGAGGGUGGAAGUGAGUUUUCCUACCAGGGCAUGGGUCUGCGUAUCAGAAGGGUAUGAUGCUACCAGGAUAACAAAAGAACUUUUAAGGGAACUCAAUAUUUCUUUUGUUGACAGUGAUAACUUGUUCUCCCUUCAAGUGAAGCUACAAGGCGGCCUAGCUCAGAAAAAGUUCCUUCUUGUUCUGGAUGAUGUUUGGAAUAGUAACUACAAUCAGUGGGAUAAUUUAAGGAGCCCUUUCAAUGUUGGAUCAUGUGGAAGUAAGAUCAUUGUCACAACACGAGAUCAGAAUGUUGCAAGGAUGAUGGCCAAAGAAAGGUCAAUUCAUCAUCUGAAUUUCAUACAAGAGGAAGAUUGCCGGUCAUUAUUUAAGAAGCAUGCAUUUGAAAAUAAAGAUGGCAAUGAAAAUGCAGAACUUGAAGAAAUAGGAAACAAAAUUGUUAAAAAGUGUGUGGUUUGCCUUUGGCUGUGAAAACAGUUGCGGGUAUUUUGCGUUCCAAAACAACCCCCAAAGAAUGGGAAGAGAUUUUAGCAAGUGAAGAGUGGACUCAAAUGGAUA